CUGCCUGGCUGCUCGGACUCGCCGCUCCCUCGCACACGGCGCCGCGUCAAAAUGCUGCUCUCUGUGCCGCCGAGGACCGGAGGAGUGAACACGUACAACGGCUACCAGGGCAAAAGCAUCAAGAAGCAGACGUAUGUGUCCUCCAAUCAUCUGAUGGCUCCUCCAAGCCCCAACAGCAACAGCGGCAACACCAGCACCAUCAGCAACGGCAGCAGCAGCAGCAAUGGUGGCGGGGAGCAGCUGAGCAAAACCAACCUGUACAUCCGUGGCCUCCACCCGGGAACCACAGACCAGGAUCUGGUCAAACUGUGUCAGCCAUAUGGGAAAAUUGUUUCCACAAAAGCUAUACUGGACAAGACAACCAAUAAAUGCAAAGGCUACGGCUUUGUUGACUUUGACAAUCCAUCCUCGGCUCAGAAGGCAGUGACGGCGUUGAAGGCGGGGGGUGUGCAGGCUCAGAUGGCCAAGCAACAGGAGCAGGACCCCACCAAUUUGUACAUUUCCAAUCUGCCGCUUUCCAUGGAUGAGCAGGAGCUGGAGAACAUGCUGAAGCCCUUCAGCCAGGCCAUCUCCACCCGCAUCCUGCGGGAUGCUAACGGGACCAGUCGGGGUGUGGGCUUCGCCAGGAUGGAGUCCACGGAGAAAUGUGAGGCAAUUAUUCAACAUUUUAACGGAAAAUAUAUUAAGACUCCACCUGGGGUGUCAGUUCCACCAGAACCCCUAUUAUGCAAAUUUGCCGAUGGAGGCCAGAAGAAGCGUCAGAGUCAAGGAAAAUAUCUCCAUAACGGCCGAAGCUGGACCAGAGACGGGGAGACCGGAGGAAUGACCCUCACAUACGACCCCACCUCAGCCUUACAGAACGGGUUCUACUCCUCUCCUUACAGCAUGGCUCCCAAUCGCAUGCUGGGGCCGACCUCGCUGUCCCCUUACAUGCACUCGCCUGUGUCCACCUACCAGGUGCACAACCCCUCCUGGCUCCACCACCACCACCACCAGUCGUACAUCAUGCCGCCCACAGGGGCGGUCCUGACACCAGGGAUGGACCACAGCAUGUCCAUCCAGCCCACGUCGCUGAUGGGGCCGCUGGCACAGCAGCUCAGCCACUUGUCCGUAGGCAGCAGCGGCACGUAUAUGCCUGCAAACUCAUCUAUGCAGGGGACGUACGUCCCCCAGUACACCCAAGUGCCUCCUACCAACAUCUCCGUUGAGGAAAGUGCCGUCCAGCAACCGGUUGCAAUAGAGACACCCACCGAACACUCCAGCUUCUCCUACCAGCAUAACAAGUGAAGGCAACAAUUGCUCCCUUGGGGGUCUCUGGACUGUUACACAGAAUUGACACGUUUUAUUUUCUAUAAACUCUUUUACUCAAGCGAAGAUGGAAGGUUUGAGGUGUGGACGGGACAAACGGAAUUAAGAAGAAGACGUUUUUUUUUUUGUUGUUUUUAGUGUUUUUUUGGUUCAUGUGCUCUAAAUGUUUGUAAGCGAUAUUCACUCACAAGCCAGUCCUCAUGGGGGUCCGAUUGGGGGCGCCCUGGGAUGGAACGACAGCUCUCUUGUUUCUUGACUCUCAAGUCAUUUCCAGAUGCGGCGAUCUCGGAAAAAAGCUUCAGACAAUCACACAACGUAAAAAAAAAAAACACGAAGAGACCAAGUCGACAUGGUGCUUGAUUGUAGAAAGAAUUGAUUAAAAGCAUUCCAGCAGCAGUCCGGUUCUAACAUGGCGGUCACACACACACACACACACACGCAGCUUGACUUUCCACUGAAUAUUUCAUAUUCUAUCCGCACAUAACGACUAGUGCAUUUUCCAUAUUCUGGUCAUUUUAUGGCACCAGGAUCACAUUUUGUUCAAGCACAAACCAAGUGUUGCUCUGCAGUAAUUAUGGACAUUAACCCUUGUAUUAUGUUACGGGUCAAUUUGACCCGUUUCAGUUUUUGUGUUGACCAAAGUACUGUUUAUCCUUUCUUUUUCUUCAUGAAAU